AUGGAGGCAGUUCCCCCACUCUCCAAAGCUGAGUAUCUGAAUUACUUGUCUGGGGCAGAUGCCGACCAGGAAGGAGGUUCAGAGUCCCUUCGGAAGAGGUACAAAAAAGGACCAAAGCUGGGACGCACCGCUGGCAAGGGAUUGCAGAUUGUUGAUGAUGAUGUGGGCUGGGCAGCUAUCUCUACCGCUAAGCCAGAAAAGGAGGAGGAAGAGGAUGGAGAUUUGCCUGUGGUGGCUGAGUUUGUUGAUGAGCUUCUAGAAGAGGUAAAGCAGAUGGAGGCCUUCCGUUCCAGUGCCAAAUGGAAGCUCCUGGGAGACCACAGUGGAGAUAGACAUUUCCAUCAUGAUGAAUGAGAUCCAUCUUCUCCUAGGAGGGUUCAGGGCAUCCUGCUCUUCAUGGACCAGGCCCUGACUGGUCCUAGGAGGGUUCAUCAUGACACCCCAGAUCCAUCUCCUCCCAGGAGGGCCUGUCUCUCUCCUCCUCAAAGGAGUCCCCAUUCCGGAAAGAAGACUGUAUUUCGAGACAAGUCUGGUCAGAAGAGGAAUUUGAAGCUGGAAUGCCUGGAGCAAAGAAGAAAAGCAGAGAAGGACUCAGAGCGAGAUGAGCUAUAUGCCCAGGGCAAAGGGCUUGCUCAGAGCCGGCAACAGCAGCAGAAUGUAGAGGAUGCCAUGAAGGAGAUGCAGAAGCCUCUGGCCCGCUAUAUCGAUGAUGAAGAUCUGGAUCGGAUGCUGAGAGAACAAGAAAGAGAGGGGGACCCGAUGGCCGACUUCAUUAAGAAGAAUAAGGCUAAGGAGAACAAGCACAAGAAAGCGAGACCUCGCUAUAAUGGUCCUGCACCUCCUCCCAAUAGAUUCAGUAUCUGGCCUGGCUACCGCUGGGAUGGAGUGGACAGAUCCAAUCGCUUUGCCAGGCUCGCCAGCAAGAAGGCUGUGGAGAAGCUUGCCUACAAGUGGAGUGUGGAGAACAUGUAGCUUCUCCUAGGCUGUGCGGUGCUGUGGUGGUGGUGGCACAGGACAGCCCGACAUCCAGCUCUAAUGCUUGUCUUGCUAGACACAGACCAGCAACUCGCGGACAGCCUACCCUUGGCUGUGUCCGUAUUGUCUGUUGACUGACAGCGACUUCUCUAUCC